AUGGACGUCUGCGAUGGACACAGCCACUCCGAAGCCCACCAGACGCCGCACGUCGUCGCACGCGUACAGACAGUGCAGGCUCUCUUGCGAGAAGACAUCCACCUAAGCGCAUACGAGGCACCACAUCUGCCAUGCCCGGUAUCGUUCCAAUUCGUUCCGUCGGCUUUCGACCUCAAGAAAGGCGAGCUCGAGGCUUGCCUCAGCCUCGUCGAGAAGACUUCGGGACACGACUACAAGACAUCAAGCAUUGGCUGGAAUCCGCGCAAGAAGAGGGAGGAAAUGCUCGACGGCGAGAUGAUGUAUCUCCUUGUGCGUCAGGGCCCUUCAGACACGGCUGGUCAGAGUAGCAUGGAAGAGACUCAAGAGAUGAACAACUUGCACAAGGGGAUGGAAUGGACAGAGGCUCGGAUCGAUGCAGAUUCAAGCCCGUCUGUGAGGGGUGCUUCAUAUGCGCUGGGUCAACACCCGCCACGGCUCAAUCCUCUAGAUCAGCUCAAUCAAGGCUACACUCCAGACAGUGGCGAGGAAGAGGCAGCCACAUGGAACCAGACCAAGGCUUCAACCGCUUUAGAGAAGAAAGAGUCCUGUUCAGUCAAGCAUUCGCCAGACCCUCAGACCAGUUGCGGCAACUACAUUCUCGGCUUCACCUCCUUCAUGUUUACCUACGACGACUCUCCGCACGAAGACCGUGAAGUUCUUUACAUUUACGAGAUUCAUCUCCAUGAGCAGCUUCGCGGACAAGGCCUCGGGUCUCAUCUCAUCAAAUUCGUCGAGAAUGUGGCGCGCGCAUGUCGAAUUAGAAAGACAAUGCUUACAGUCUUCACUGCGAACAAGCGCGCAAAGAGCAUGUAUGAGAAAUUAGGCUACAGUAAGGAUGAGUGCAGCCCAGGCGAUAGGGUUACAAGGAACAAGGUCAUCAAGGCCGACUAUGUCAUCAUGAGCAAGUCGAUCGAUUGA